CUAGCCAAUCCUCGCAGGCUAAAAGAAAAAUGCCCCUCUCUCUCUCUCAAAGAAACGGAACUCCCACACCGAUUUUUUUCCGAGUCGUCGAACGCGAGCCAGCGAAUUUCGAAAUUCCUAGAUUUUCUUCUCGUCUCAGUUGGCAGGAUCGAAAACUGGCUUACUCCUGAGUUAUUUUAAUUCCUCAGAUUAUUGUAUGCAAAUUGGAAAGAGAAAAGCCACCGACAGUGUUUCUUGACAACCAUAUGUACGAAAAUAUGAAGUGGUGAAAAGUUGGAAUUUGGAUUUAGGACCCAAAAAAAAAAGAAGCAAAGCAGAACCUCUUAAGAGCUGAUGAUGGCAUGAAAUAAUCUUUUUGCAUCUUCAAAAAAUUCUUAUUCUCAGCAAACAAGGGGAAAAGAAUGUCCAGGGGUCAAUCUCAACCAAGAACUCAGUUUGGGAGGAGAACCCUAGAAAGGUACAAGGACAGAGGCAAAUCUGAUAAUGUGGUUAUCAUCGACGUUGAUCAAGGCAAAUCCAGUAAUGUAGUUAUGAUAGAUGUUCCGGAGUCUUCCCAUCAGAGAACGAGAGGUUCUAGGGCAUCAGGAAGAAAUAAUAAAUGCCCUCCCAAGGUUAUAAUCAGUAUUGAUGAUGAAGAAGACGGUGAUGGCCUUCAAAGCGAUGGCACCUCAAGCCAGAAAUCACGCUCAGGUUCUAACCAAUCUCAUCUUUCUGAAGAAUCAGAUGGUGAUGACUGUCAGAUAUACGACCAAGACAGAAACUUCCCUUUCAAAUUAUCAAAGUGCAGUAGAAUGUGCCCUGGAAAAGGGCCAUUCAGACAUCGUUUUGGUUUAGCUACAGACUUUGAGAGCAGUUCAUCUGAUACUGAAAGUGAGAAUUCUGAUUGUGAGCUUAUGCAAGGUUCUUCUGGAGAAAUCCGUGAACAGUGGGAAAAAGCUGCGUUAAGGAAAAAGAAGGAGGAUGUUCACAGUGGUCAAUUUGGAUGUGAGGUUCAGGCCAGCGAUUCUGGAUCUAAUGCAAACCACAAAAAUCAGUCCCAUGAGACCACUCAGACUGAAGCAGAACAAUCCGAAGAUGCAUCAGAUCAUUCCAGUUCAAGCAAUGUGAGCAGUGAAAAUGAGAACCUAUCUACCUGCACUGCCACUUCUGUACCGGAAGGGAAAAACCAUGCUUCGGAUUCUGAUCAAACUGUUGACCAGGUUAGCUGUGGAAGAGAUGAUUUUCUGGACAAAGAAAAGCAGGUUCCUGGAGUGCAUUCCUCUUCCAACACUCAAUUUGAGAGUGACACACAUGACACACAUGUUAAUCAUGACAAAGCUAGUCUACAGACCAAAGAAGAAUCAACCUCCAAACCUUGUCCAUGCACUGGCAAACUGCGCAAUGUAACCCAGGUUCAUGAUGGAAGUGUUUCACAGGAUAAAGAGGAGACUGUUCAUGGGGUACCUUCUUCAUGCAACACUCAGUCACAACAUCAUGCACAUGUUAACCAUGAAAGAGUUAGUUUUCAGGGCAAAGAGAAAGCAGUUUCUGGAGAGCCAUCUUUGUGCAACAGUCGGCCACAUGAAGAAACACGGAUUAAUGGCGGGACAAGCUGUUUACAGAGUGAACAAGAACAGGUUCUUCAGCAACUCUCCUUGUGCAGUGCUCAACCAUGUAAUGUAAUACCUGUAACUGUAAGAAGUCUUACAACUGGAGACGUGGAUGACACAUCAGGGGUUCAGAACAAUCUAAUUAGUGACAGGGAAAAGCACAAGGAGACUGAUGAGUACAGGCGUGCUACAGAAGAAGAAUGGGCAUCUAGGCAGAGACAGUUACAAAUUCAGGCAGAAGAAGCUCAGAGGUUGCGAAAGAAAAGGAAGGCCGAAAAUCUGCGCUUACUAGACAUGGAGAGAAGGCAAAAGCUACGUCUAGAAGAAGUUAGGGAAAGCCAAAAAAAGGAUGAGGAAACUAUAAACUUGAAAGAGCAGCUUCGUGUUGAAGUUCGGAAGGAACUAGAUAAAUUGGAGCUGAAGUACAGAGAUAUGGCUUCUCUACUCCGUGGUUUAGGCAUCCCUGUUGGAGGGGGCAACCAUCCCAUGUCACGUGAUGUAAAUGCAGCUUACAAACAAGCCGUGCUAAGAUUCCACCCAGAUAGAGCAUCGAGGUAUGACAUCCGUCAGCAGGUUGAGGCAGAGGAGACGUUCAAGCUGAUUUCCCGCUUGAAGGAAAAACUGUUACCAACAGCAUAGUAUGCAAACACACAUUUCCCUCCCGAAUUUCAUGUAUUUUGCUGUGAGUCCCAGUAGCACACAUAAUCAUGUGAUCAAGUCUCUUGUUGAAAAGAUUGCCAUUGUAGGUUAUGUUCUUCUUAGCCGAUUUUUAACCCCCCACCAUGGGAGAGAAUCACAACUGCAUUUUUCCAUAUCUGCCUGCUAUAGAAUUGAGAUUUUAGAGUUUUUA